ACGGGAACGGAGUCGCAGCGGCGUUUCAGUUCCAGUAUAAACUUGGCAUUUGCUGACGACGCUGACUGUUUGAUUUACCUAGAGUAGAGAAGCAUAAAACGUACUGCUGUGACGUAAUCAUGUGGCCGCCCAAGCACGCCCACAUUGGCUGGCUUUCAAGCCUUGCUCUCGUCGUUCUCCUGAUGAGCCUGCAAAUGGUAACGGUGUCGGGGAUCGAGUGCUACGUGUGCGACACGAGCGAUACGGAGCAUCCGUUCCAGUGCGGCGAGUGGUUCGAGCGAUACGACAUACCGGACAUCCAGCCCCAAAAUUGUUCCAGUGUCCACGGCGCCCAGUUCUGUGUGAAGCACGUUGGUCGUUUUGAGGGUGGAAUCGGGGCGAAGAGGUUCUGCAGUUCGAAGGACAUGGGCAACUAUUGUGACUAUGUGCGAAACAAGGGCGAUCGCAUGGACUAUCGCAGCUGCAUCUAUACUUGUGAUACGGACGGUUGCAAUGCCGCUGGAAGGCUGGAACUGGAAUGGGGCGUGGCAGCGGCGCUCCUCACUCUCACAUGGCUCUUACGGCACUGACAGCAUCGGGCGGAUAGAGCCGAAAAGAGCUGCAGCACUACAUUAAUUUUUUUUGUCGUUAAUUAUAAGUUGUAACAAAGUAACUGACACACAAAACAGACACUCUAGUAUAGGUAAAAA